AAAAAAAGAAAAACUCCACUACCUCCACACCUUUCUACAGCUGCCACAGCUUUCUGCUACAGGUAAAACAAAACCAUGGAUCCUGAUUACUUCAAAUCAUACGAGAUGUGUUGGGGUACCCUUGGAACAGUGCGACCAUUCUCCAAUUUCCACCCUGACAGAGAUGCUACGGAGAUCCAGGCGGCGUUGGAAAAGAAAGAUGCGGUGACCCUGGUGAGAAUCCUAACCAAUCGCAGCAACGCUCAGAGACAAGUGAUUGCCAGUACCUUUGAAGAGAUAACACACAAGGACCUGGCAGGUGGUUUGAAGAAAGCUCUGUCUGGAGAUCUGGAAGUUCUGCUGCUGGAGCUGCUGAUGCCGCCUCUGCAGUAUGAGGCUCAGCGCCUGCAGCAGGCCAUGUCGGGUAUAGGCACGGAUGAGGAAACACUAAUGGAGAUCCUGUGCACACGAUCUGGAAAGCAGCUUCAAGAAAUCAGUGCCACAUACAAACAAUUGUACAAGAAGGACCUGGAGAAGGAGAUGAAAGGAGAAACCAGUGGAGACUUUGCUAAGCUUGUCAUGGCUUUGCUAAAUAAAGAAAAUGUUGCUGGUGGGGUUCAAAGAGACAUUGAGUCACUUUCUGCAUCACUAAAUGGGAAAAAAGCUGAUGCAGGACCAUGGAUUGACAUACUGACCUCUAGAGACUCAGACCAUCUGAACAAAGUGCUGAUGGGACUGGAGCUGGAGAGCGGACAGAUGGUGGGUGAGGCUGUGGAGAAGAAAUUCUCAGGAGACAUUCGACUGGGUUUGAAAGUCUUAGUGCAGUGCAUUCAAAGCCCUGACGUCUACCUGGCUAAAAGAAUAACGACCAUGAAGACACCAGGUGUGCAAGGGAUUAUGGUGUCUCACUCUGAGGAAGAUCUGCUGUGUAUCCGAGCUGCCUACAUUAAGUUAACAGGCACUUCUCUCUACACUGCUCUACAGAAACACUUCAAAGGAGACCAUCUACAGGCUCUGCUGGCCAUCUGUCGAUCUGAAGACUAAACAAAAGCUACAAAUUUUAUGAUGUGCAAAAAUAAACUACUUGUCCCAUUGCUGCUAUUCAUAUUUUAUGGAAUCUUAUUUAAUAGCCUGCUCUGUGUAUGCUUGCUUUAAAGACUUCUACAAAUACAUGCAACUAAAUCUAAGAAGUUCUGUUGGAUAUUUUAUGAGUGCAGUUUGUGCAUUUGUUUUGAUUACUUUUAAUAUCUACAAGUAAUAGUUCCUGAUCCUGAUGUCAUAUCUACAUACAGUAUGUUUUCCAAAUGGUGCUUAUAAACAGAAAAUAAUGGCACCCUUUCUUUUAGUGAUUUAAUAUUGAAUUAUUUUAGAAUAUUCAUCAUUUCUCUUUUUCGUUAAUGUUAUAUGUCCAAAUAUGUAAUGUUUAUACAAAUAGUAUAACAAUCACAGUUCAAAAAUUUUAUAUGUUAAUCUUAGCUAACUCUGGCUAACUUAAAUCUCUCCUACUCUUUCAAUUAUUCCUGAUACCACACAGAGUUCAGAUCCAUUACAUACCAUGUUUCUUUUAACAUGACGAUUUAACAAAUACCUUAAGUUUAUCAACACAUUACUGAAGAACAACCAGCAAAUGUUUAACACACUUAAAAAGUUCAGUACUUAUCCUACUCCAUCAGUCCCCUCAGUG